AGAAUCGUUCUGGUGAGUGUAGUAAGUACAAGUAGAAGACGACUGAGUAGAUAUGAUCACUUUAUGAUCAUGAGGGCACUUCAGAUGAUACAACAUCACAAAAGGUAAAGAAGCAACAGAAAAUGACUCUUCAGGAAGUAGAAAUAGUGGAUGAGGAACAGAAAAGUGUAGCGGAGGAUCUGGAGCCUAGAUACCACCAGCAUCGGCCUCUGGUGAGUGUGGUGAUACCAGUUUACAACGUGCCGCCGCCGCUCUUGCAAGAGUGCAUCGUAUCCGUGUUGGUGCAGACGUACCCGAGCCUGGAGCUGAUUCUCAGCGAUGAUUGUAGCACGAGCACGGAAACUCGUUGCUUUUUGCGACAGCUGCAGGCGGCUGGGUCGGACGAGGCGAAAAUCUCUGCGGUGCUUGGUUUGCGCGGCAGAAUGGAAAAAAAUUCUACGGCAGAAGAUGAGGCACAGCACGCGGCAAGUAGUGAUAUGAAUGCUAUGGAGAUUGAAAACGAUAACGUUAACGACAGCGCAGAUCAUGACACGCAAACAGGACGACGUGCUCCAGUUACACGCCGCGAGCUUUUCGCGAAAAAACGUGCGUUACUAGCAAGGGUGAGCACUUCAUUUCCGCCCAUCCGUGUGCUUUUUUCCCCGCAGAAUGAAGGCGAGGCGGGCGCGCGAAACCGCGGAAUUGCGGACAUAUCCCCCGACGCGGAGUUCAUUUGCACCAUGGACGGUGAUGACAUCAUGCUGCGUAAUCGAGUUGCACUGCAAGUGCAGGAAUUCAUACCCGUAGGAAACGAGGACGACGACCACACUGCUGGUUUAUUCAAUUGUAGUAGUACCCACAAAGAAAAAGAAGCGAAAGCAAUAGCAAACGAACACCCGGUUCACUCGAGGACGACGACAAAUCAGCCACGGAGGCAAGGAGCACCAGAGAACGUCACCGAGAUGAGGAAAGUGAAUCUCCAGAACGCCAUCGUCGGGGCGAAUUUCGACCGCACCCCGGCGAACAGCACACACCGGUACACGGAAUGGGCCAACGAGCUGGACUUGUGCGGGUUGUGGCUGGACCAGUUCCGCGAGGUGACCCUGAUCCAUCCUACGUGGUUUAUGCGAAGAGAGACGUUCGAAGUGGCUGGCGGUUAUCACACCUGGCAGACGUCGUCGCUUCGAGGUCGUCCUCCCAGUACGCGCGAAGAUCAAGAGAUCGAGGACAUGGACAUGAGUGCGGACGACACGAUGAUCUUCGUCGACGUCGUCCCACUGACCACUAGCUCCGACACGGAGCAGAGGACCCCGGAAGCCGAACGGCCUGCAGAAAAAGACAAAGAUGAACGUUUAUUUGCGGAUGCAAUGGUGAAGGAACACGUACACGAACAACACAGAAGUGAAAGCUCGUAUGAAGCUGCAAGUUCUUCUUCUUGCACCCCCGCAGCUUCUGCUGCAGGUCGGGCUGCUCGGCCUCCCCAGCCGCUUCUCGCCGCUGAUUUGCGUUUCUUUCAUUCGCACAUAGCCUCUCAAGCGGAGCGAAUUCGGGUGGCGAGAAACUUCGGCUCCACUGCAGAAGUGUACGAUUAUAUGCGGGAGUUGCUGGAACUGGUAGUUCUGUGGAGGAAUUUUUAUACGGAUGACACCCAGAUCCGAACGACCAGCACUGCUCAAGGAGACAGUGCUGGGAACGCCAGAAGCUACUCUUGCGGCAAUCAUCAAGGGCUGACCGAGCGUAUUUCCGCCUUCCUACUAAAGUACGACCUCCUGCGUUCCUCGUGUAAUGUUGAGGAUCUUCCACUUCCUGGAGCUGCGGGUAAAAAUAUCCGGGAAGGGCCUCUUCCCAGCGGGGGCCCGAAUUAUUCACACGGUGCUAGCGGCUUUGAGGACAGCAGAACGAACAGGUUUUGCCGCGUUCUUCCGACCGAUGACAGUGCGCUUUCUUGUUCUUCGGAACAAGUAGAUGUUGAGCACAUUUUUAGCUUCUUCCAAAACGAAAUCGUCGCGAAAGAUGUACUUCUGAGCAAACCAAACUUGCUGACGCCCGCGAGACCACCGAGAGUCGGAAGUUCUUCGGCGAACCACUCGUCUCCCUCCCUCUUGACCUACCGACACCGCGCCGGCGCUACGCUGUGUGCCCAGACCUCGCGGAAGCUGCUGGCGAGUAUCCGCGUGCGCAGUAUGGAGCGACAGAUUUUGCAGUACUGGAAACAAUUUACGAUUUGGGGCGGGGGCCGCGACGGCAAAUUGUUCUUUUCCUUGCUGCAGACGGAGUACAAACAACGCGUGAAGGCCUUUGCAGAGGUAGAUCCUAGGCGGCUGAAGGCGAAGUACUACAUUCACGAAGAGUACAGCGCUGCGGUGGGAAAAAUUCCUUACGUGGACUUGCGGCACUUCGGAUUGAGUGAUGACAAGGCACCGGCGACCGGUGGAGAAAGAACGAGGAUCGAACCGGGAGUAGAAGGAAAAUCAGAGCCUCGAUCGACUGCAGCGGACUCAAAGGCUGCACGACAACGACAAAAGAGCGGAUCUGCGUGUGUAAAUUACUUCGAAGCUGCGCAGCCACCGUACGUCAUUUGCGUAGCCAAGGGGCGGUUCUAUGCGGAAGUAAUGGACAUUGUGGCGUUGGUGGAGAAAAAAUUAGGCACUCCUCUCGUCGAAGGAAGAGACUACUGGUUUUUCUGCUGACGUUGCUCGCAGAUUGUUGUAAAUGUAAUCAUGAAAUAGUAAAUAGAGUUACCAACUUCUAGAGCAAAGAAAAAUAAAACGGGAAGUUCUAAGAACUAAGUACCAUGACCGACCACUGGACUUUGUUUCUGUUUCAGGAACGUUACCGACAUGAUGAUACUGUACUAGUGGACGUAAGCGACAUAUACUCAAACGAUCCGCAGACGAGGUGCUGG